AUGGCGACGAGCGAUUCGGAGGAGAAACAGCUUCUGCAGUCCAGAGAGGCGACAGUCUCAGCGGCCGAAGAUUCAUCAUGCAAUUGGGCAGUGAUUCUGGGAACGCUUCUGGCAAUAGGUGCGCUGGUGAGUUUGUUUGUGGUGAUCUUCAGUGCAUUUGUGACCCUUUGGUUGUGGCCAAUCUUGGGGGUUCUUCUCCUCGUUGGUCAUGGCCUACUUCUUUUUGCCGUUGCUGGCUCACAAACAACACUCGCAACGCCGGCAAAGCUCUCUGCCGCAGCGCUCUGCCUUGAAGUCUUGUGCUAUGUCUUCUUGGUGCCGACCUACCUCUUUCGUUCCUUCAUUGUACCCUGGUGGUGGUGGAAUGCUUCAGUGAUCCUGUUCGUACUGCCAGCAUUGAUCUUGCUAUGGGUGACCAUUCGCCAGUCCCUGUGUGGCACAACCGUGGAGAAGUGCUCGGCAGGGGGUCUCGUUGUGAUCUCCCUGGUCAUCCUUCUAGUUGGAGCGCUGCUUCUUGUUGCAGGGAACUUCUCUCCUACCCGGCUCUUGAUGACACUGCCCUCAUCGCGAUUGGUGGAAGAGAUCCAAACAAUUCGUGAUUAUGUGCAAAUGUCCAGUGCUAAAUUGGAUGCGACGGUGGGAUAUGAGAUUUGUGACAUGGCCACCUCCGAGUGUAGCAUGAAGAAGUUCGUCGGUUGGACUGUGGAGCGCCGCGGGUUUGAGUAG